CCACCCGCCAGAGCGACCGGACGCCGAGGGAAGAAGCUCCGCUAGCAGCCGUCACUACUGCCGCCGCCGCCGCAGCUGCUGGUACCAGUCGGGAAGGAGCGUAUGGCCUAGGACCUUGGUAUCUCCAAGAUGUCGGGCCUACGCAUAUUGUUGCUGAUUGUCGUGAUACUGGUCGAAGGAUCUGUGGCCAGGAACCGACUCAAUAGCCGAUUCGGCAAGAGAGAGGAAUUUAUAUGGAAAGCAGGCGGCUGGGGUCCCUGCUUCCCCAACACUGGCUCGUGCGGGGACGGCUUGCAGUGGCGUACGGUGUGGUGCGCCCACAUCGACGGGCGCGCCGUGCUCGAGUACCAGUGCGACCGUUCCAUGCAGCCAGCCACCGCAGCAGCCUGCAUCCUCGAAUGCGGCCACCAGAAGGAGGAGUUCCAGUGGGACGUGGCCGGUUGGGGUCCUUGCGAGAUAGUGCUGCCUCCAAAACCUCGCUCAAACGCCAUUAAUGAAACCAGACCUCGCAUCCGAGAGAACCUGGGCGUCAUGCAACGGAACGUUUCUUGCAUCCUCAUCUCGCACGAGACCAGGACCCAGCGCAUCGUAGACGACUCCAGCUGCGUCCCGCAUCGGAGCAAGCCCGAAUCGGUGCGCAUGUGCAGCGUGCCGCGACCACAGGACUGCGUGGUGGGGCCUUUUUCAGAGUGGAGCACUUGCGAGGAUCCUAUCAACUGCGUUGUUGGCGGCACAAACCAAACGCGCGUGCGCAUCGUGCUCGUUGCACCCAUGUAUGGCGGAAGAGCCUGCCCACACCUGGUGGAGUCGCGGCCGUGCGAGUCGGUGUGCCUGCAGGAGCCAGUGCGCGAGGAUGGCCGCGGCGAGUACCGCAUCAAGAUGGGCGAUUGGCGCCGCUGCCAGGCGCCCAGAAGCAUCGUGCCCGCCGGCAUGCGCAACUCGCGCCACCGCGGUCGUAAUAGUGAUCGACAUCAAGUUGGCCACUAUCGAGUGUCGGGCUACUGGAGCAUGCAGCCGGUCAACCACAAUCGUGGAUCGCCGACCUUCGACAUCUUGAAAGAGGAAGAUCUGGACUUCUACUACACUUACGAGGCGGAGGUGGGCUACCAGACACGAGAUGUUUCCUGCCGGGACUCCAAGGGAGCGGUCGUUGACCUCAGCCUCUGUCUGGAAGGAAGGAGCCGCAGGAAGGUGCCGCGCACCGUUCAGCCGUGCGUCGUGGCAGAGGACUGCGUUGUGAACCAAUGGUCUUCGUGGACCAAGCUGCAGGAUGGCUGCGUCGAUGGUGCCGGAAGGGUUACAACGCCGGAGAUACAGGUGCGUCGGCGGGAGGUGGUGCGGUUAGGCCACGGCUUGGGCCGCCCCUGUCCUCGUCUCAUCGAGCGCCGCAUCAACGCUGACCCAGAACACCUGCCCGUCUGCGCCGAGACAUACCGCUGGCUGGCUUCCCACUGGAGUGCUUGUAUGGUCGUAGAUGACGAAGAGCGCAAGAUGGAAGUCGAGUGUGGCGGCGGUGUGCAGUUACGGGAUGUAGCUUGCGUCACGAUCGCGGGUUCAAAACCCGUGCGCUCAGAGCUGUGCUCGUCGUUCGUACCGCUGCCCACUGUGCAAAGGUGCGAGGUGGCGUGUCCGAGAGACUGCGAGGUCGCUGCUUGGGCCGCCUGGGGUCCGUGUCGCCCGACGGAAUGCAACCCUGAUAACUUAUGGUUUCCGCAAGGUUACCGCGAGCGACGGCGGAGCGUCCGGGUGACGUCGAGCGAGACAGGCCUGCAGUGUCCGAGCGUGCGCGAGGUGCAGCCGUGUAUGGAUGCGGUGUGCCACGAGUGGGUGGUGGGCCAGUGGAGUCCCUGCCAACUGAUCGCGGGCGUGCGCCACUGCGGAGAGGGCCGCCGCGCGCGACUCGUCACCUGCCGCACCAUGUCCGGGAUGAUCGUGGAAGAAGCGCUGUGCGCACGCUCUGUCAAGAAGCCGCCAACUGAGGAGGCUUGUCUGCUGCCUUGCCCAUUUGACUGCGUGCUGUCGCCCUGGUCCAGUUGGUCGCCUUGCUCCCACAGUUGCACGUCGCCCGAAAAACUCGCCCUGCGCCAGCGCAACCGCACAGUCAUCGCGCCACCAGGAGUCGGAGGUCACCCCUGCCCGAACCCGGACGAGAUGCUACAGAUCGAGCCGUGUAACACGCACAGCUGCCACGGUUUCAGCUGGCGAACGCUGCCUUGGCAGCCGUGCACCCCAGUCAACAGCACUGCACUAUCUACCGGCAGGGUGGCUUAUACCAGAGCAAAUGGCACAGACGGGGACUGCGGGUUGGGAGUGCAGACGCGAGACGUGUGGUGCGUGGAGGCGAACGAGCGGAGGGACGACCACCACUGCUUCCCGCUGAUCAAGCCCGACUCGACGCGUCCCUGCAGGCUUGGCUGCCACGUCAACUGCUCCGUCUCGCCCUGGUCAGAUUGGAACCCCUGCAACACGGACUGCGAACCAGCCCCGCCGGACUCGGCGCAGCAGGAGUUGGCGCCGGCGCAGCUGCGGCGACGCCUGGUGAUCCAGCCGCCCGAGAACGGCGGCAAGCAGUGCGGCAAGCUGAUGGACUGGCGGCCCUGCCCGCUGUCGGGCGCGCGCUGCCGCCGCUUCAACUGGGACGUCGGCAACUGGUCUGAUUGCCAGCUGCCCAACAACGUCGAGUGCGGAGUCGGAUACCGCGUCAGGGCUGUUUGGUGUAACCCCAAACAUCGCAUGAACAAAGUGGAACCGAGCAACUGCAUCGAGCAACACCCAAAAAUUCCGGCAACCUCAGAGCCUUGCUACGCCGACUGUACGUAUAACUGCGUGGUUUCCGAGUGGUCAGAAUGGUCUCCGUGCACUCACAGCUGCCUGAAAAGCAAGAGGACACGCGAACUGAUUGGUCACUCCAAGAACAGGGAUAUAUGUACGAAUUCUGAACUCUUCCCGUUAGUUGAAACCAGGACCUGCCCUUGCCGAAAGCAAGAGUUGCGGGUACUUGGAAACUGGUCGGAAUGUAUAAUAGAUACUGAAAUAACAUCAGUGAGAGCAAAUGGAAGGCGUGUUAGUGGAGUCUGCGGAUCGGGAACAAAAUAUCGUCGUGUGGGGUGUUUCAAUACCACUGGACAUCUUAUAGAGCCAAUAUGCAUGUUUCUGCUACUGGAUUCGCCCUCACACUACCCAGAUCAAGAGCUAUUGUCUGCUGGAUUGCUUGAGGAACAGGAAGCACGUCAGCGGUGUAUCGUUCGUAGAAGCCUCUGCGGAGCCAGUAGUGGAUUAGAAGAGGAACCGUGCCUCAUACCAUGCCCUGUAGACUGUGCGCUGACGGAGUGGAGUGCCUGGGAAGAAUGUACGACCCUCUGCGGACCAGGUCUUCACAAUAGGACCAGGAAACUGCUACGUGAACCACAGUUUGGUGGCCGUCCUUGUGGAGAGAUAGUUCAAACAAAAGUGUGCAACUCACCGUGCAACGUCUUCCGUUGGGUCGCAGGCGGUUGGAGUGAGUGCCAGUUAAUAGGAGCUGACCAAGAAAGAGGUUGUGGAACGGGAGAUCAGUACCGCCAAGUGAGGUGUAUGAAGGUGACCGUCAAUGAAGUUGCAGUGGAAGUGCCUGACAUCUACUGUGACCCUGUCAAGCAGCCUGCUGAUGUAAAUGCCUGCCAUGUGGCCUGCCCAGGAGACUGUGUAGUCAGUCCUUGGUCAGACUGGUCAGAAUGUGCAAAGCCAUGUGAUGUGAACAAACAACGUCAGAGGACAAGAUCAGUAUUGAGAAAACCAGCCAAAGCAGACUACCCAUGUCCUCCUUUAAUAGAGGUUCAGUCCUGUGAAAUCAAUGUAACUUGUUUCACAUAUAGCUGGCAAGAGACUCGAUUUAGUUCUUGUUUACCAUUAGGUGGAAGCCCAUGUGGAGAAGGAAUACAGGCAAGAGCUGUCUAUUGUCGACGAAGCGAUGGAAGAACUGUUGAGGACAGGUGGUGUGAUGACCAAACCAAACCUUCACCAGUAGAAAAAUGGUGUUAUGUGGAUUGCACUGUUGACUGUGAGUUAACUGAAUGGGGUUCAUGGGAUCAUGCUGGAUGCCAAUGUGGGAGUGCAGGUUCUGCAAUGAACAGGUAUCGAUUUGUGAUGACCAAUAAUAGUCCCAGUGGAAGAGCUUGUCCACGAGAUUUGGUUCAGCGCAAACCUUGUCCUGCUAUUCCCUGCUACACAUGGUAUAGAGGACCAUGGAGUGAAUGUAAUCUAGAUGGAGCAUGGUGUGGACAUGGCACUAUUACAAGAAAUGUGACAUGCUUAAGAGAUGGUGAACCUGUAGAUGAUUAUCUAUGUGGAGAUGCUCCAGACAUACACACAACCGAUAAAUGCUAUGCGCCAUGCAAGGGUGACUGUCAGGUUUCAGAAUGGAGUCACUGGUCACACUGUCACCGGAACUGUCAGAGUUCUUCUAAUGAUGGUUACAUGACAAGGUCACGAGCCAUUUUGCGACACCCAAGCCCAGAAGGUGAGGCUUGCCCUACUGCAUUAUGGGAAACUCGACCCUGCUUUAGUGGUGCUUGUCUGACAUUUGAUUGGGUUAUUUCACGUGAUGGUAAGAUUACAUGUCAGCGAUCAGAUGGUGUUGUGGUUACUGGUGGCUGCGAGAAUCGUCCUAUGCCUUGUUCAAAUCCACGCUGUGAGACUGUUCCACAUGCAUAUUGUGAUACAACACUGGGAAUAUGCAUUUGUGAAUCUGGUUAUUAUGCACAUGUUGGACAUGAUCAGCAAUUAACAAAAUGCAUUCAAGCUUCAGAAAAUAAAGGAAAUGCCAAAAACAAAGUACAGUUGGAUGGUGAGUUUACAGGAGCACCAGAUGAGAUCCUCUCACGCUACUAUUAUCCAAGAGAUGAUGAGAUAAAUGUGUGGAUGUUUGCUGUCAUUGGGAUAGGAUGUCUCUUUGUAAUUUUUGUAGCAGUUUCUGUAUAUGUCAUGUGUUAUAAAAAUGGAGGCAUUCCUGGAUUGCGUCUUCUGCAGCAGACUCAGCAGCAGGACUCGCUGACAGUGCUGCCAGCUGCGAAAGCCUGACAAAGAAGUACUCAAACGUCAGCACCAGAAGAAACAGCUUACAGUACACUGUGAGCUGAUGGUCCUGAGCUUACAUACUGUAUAAAUGUGUAGAUGUCUGUGUCUCUACAUUCAUCAAAUUCCUAAUUUCAAAUAAUUGCUUUGCAAUUCAAACUGAAAAGAAAUUUUCUACAAUCAAGUAAAAUAUGAACAAGAAAUCAUUACUACUGUUGAAGCAUUUUAUGUGCAGCAAUUAAGUGUAAAUCUGAAAAGUCCAAAUAAUAACCAUCUUUAUGAUAUUUCUUCUUUUGAGCUGAACCAACUUGAUUUUCCACAAAAUACCACAUUAUCCCAGAAUUGAUGUUUUUAUGGGUGUCUUCUUUGUUAUCAAUACAGUAUCAUAGAUAUUAAUAAAUAACUGGAAUAAUGUUAUUAAAGAUCAAAUGUACUAAAUGUUAUUAUCUGUGUUCUAUAACUAUUUGUGUAGCUACUACUGUGUCCAGUAAUCAUAUAAUGUGGAAAAUAAUUGUAUUUCAACUGUCAAAUGAAAUACUAAAUACUGGCAUUGUUGCUGGUCUUUUAUGAUGUCUGCUAGUUCACAUGUGUUUAUUUGGUUAUUGUUCAAAUAUUCUGUAAAAGUGAGUUCAAAAACUCCUUAUAUCAUUCUUCAUUGUGAAGUCAGUGUUUAUCAUUACAUAUGUCUGUUACAACAUAUUUACACAUAAAGACAAGAGAACUCCAGAAAAAAUUAUGUGGUUGUCUUAUCAAUCAUACAGAAUCCUGAAGCUUCAUAUUAAAAUGAGAACAAUCAAGUAAUACAUUUUCAUUUGGUUCAGCAGUAAGUGGUUCUGACUAUGACUUUAACAUGACUGUUUCCAAUAUGUAAUUUAUGUAUGAGAUCAUAUGAACAAGAAACAUAAACAGAAAUAAUCCUAUUGUGAAACUUGCAAUUCCAUUACAAUAAACAAAAAUAUUUCAAAGCA